AUGAAGGAGCGCGAGAGAACUUUCAUCAUGGUCAAGCCUGAUGCCGUUCAGCGUGGGUUGGUUGGUAACAUCAUCACUCGCUUCGAGCAGAAGGGCUUCAAGCUCGUUGCUCUCAAGAUGGUUCAGGCCGACGAGGAGCUUUUGCGCCAGCACUACAAGGAUCUUGUCAGCAAGCCUUUCUUCCCCUCCUUGAUGUCCUACAUGACUUCUGGGCCUGUCGUCCCCAUGGUGUGGGAAGGCGAUGGUGUUGUCAAGGCCGGCAGGACGAUCCUGGGAGCUACCAAGCCCUCGGAGUCUGCUCCUGGAACCGUUCGUGGGGACUACGCGAUCGAUGUGGGGAGGAACGUUUGCCAUGGGUCUGACGCUGUUGAGACCGCCGUUCGUGAGAUCUCACUCUGGUUCCCCGAGGGCGUGACCAAGUGGGAUUCUCACUCUGAGAGCUGGAUCUACGAGUAG